AUGCCAACACCAAUACCACUAACAAAAGCUAAAAAUCCACCGCCACUGCCAACACUAACACAACAACUACAACAUCCACACUCAUUACAACAACAACAACACCAACAUCACAGCCAUCAAAACAACAUUAACUACAGCAGUCACAACAACAUUAUUAAUGCAAAGAUAAACACUACUACAAACACACUAACAACGCAUACGACAACAACAGCAACAAAUACCAACAAACAAACAACAAAAUCCUCAGGUAUAUUUACACCAGCGAACACUCAACAACAACUACAACAACAAAAACAACACCACCAACAACUACAACAAAACUCAACACACCAUCAACAACAACAACACCACCACCAACAACAUCAGCAUUCGCAUCCACAUCAACACCAACACCAGGAAUCAACUUUAGAAACUUUAACUUCACCCCUCUCAUCCAGUGAAUACAACACGCCCACACAUCAUCUCUACACCAACAACAAAAAGAAUUAUGAUUCCGUUUACCAAUAAUUGAAACAACAAUAACAACUUACAAACAAACAAACAACAUCUAGAAACCAAAAGAAAAUUUGUAAAUUGUACAACUGCAACAACAACAACAACAUCAAGAUAAAUUUUUUAAUUUCAGUUAAAAGACACUAAUAAACAAACUAAAAAAAAAACUAAAUUAAAAAAACCCACCUAAAUACAACAACAACAAAAAUACCACAGUCGUAAAUUUAAAAAAUAAAUUAUUGAAAGAUAUAACACACAUUUAGUAGAAAAACUAUUUAGUAACAAACUUUUAAAGGAAAAUUAAAAAAAAGCAUUAGAAACCCAAUAAAUUUAACAAAAAAGUAGUAACAAAAUAAAGAAAAUUAUAUACAUAAACAAAAACAAACAGACAAACACACAGAAA